ACGUCACUCCCUAGUCAGUGGGCGCGAGAUAGAAACCAGAGCGCGGACUAUCCAUGGGGCUACAGGAUCCAGCUGUCUGCAACUAUCUGCCACUAUCUGCACUACGGAUCAAACUUGAGAUUGUUUUAUACAUGAAAAUAUAUACUAUAGAAUACUAAACUGGAACGCUUAUAUUCUGCACCCUCGGAAGGACAAAUUGGUGCCUCUUCGUGAAAAGGGAAUUCAAGGGAAAUGUCUUGGUGGCCUCGCAGUGAGGAUGCAGAAGAGACCAUGCACCAAGAUACAGACUCCGAUGUGGCAGAGCAGAGGGAUGGUGGGAAAGUGAAGGUGAAAUGGACACAAGAGGAGGAUGAUGGACUGAAAGCUUUGGUUCAACAACUGGGAACUUCUGACUGGAAAAGUAUUGCCAGUCUCAUUCCAACCCACAGUGAACACCAGUGUCAGCAUCGUUGGUUUAAAGUCUUGGAUCCAGAAUUGGUUAAGGGUCCAUGGACCAAGGAGGAGGAUGAGAAGGUUAUAGAGCUUGUAAAUCGUUAUGGAAAUAAACAGUGGGCAGUGGUAGCCAAGCAUCUAAAGGGAAGGCUAGGAAAACAGUGCAGGGAGCGCUGGCAUAACCACCUCAAUCCAAAUGUCAAGAAGUCAUCCUGGACAGCAGAGGAAGAUCUUAUCAUUUACAAAGCUCACUGUCUACUGGGAAACCGUUGGGCUGAGAUUGCAAAAUUACUGCCUGGACGGACUGACAAUGCAGUGAAGAAUCAUUGGAAUUCAACCAUCAGGCGCAAGAUUGAGUUGGGAUUUUAUACGGGUGAGGUAAUUACCCCAGAAGAACUUGAUGAACUGUUGGCCAAAGUUGAUAAAAAUGUACAGAUUUCCACUUGCUCAGUAGAUAUUGAUCAAGACCAUAAACAUACUGUGCAUCAUAUUGAACUUCCAAUCUCAGUCCGAGCUGGACCAAGUAAUGAUGCUUCCACAAAGGCUGACACCACAGCAAAGGUCAACUCGACACCUAAAGUGGAUUCAGACACGGUUGACAUGAAUAGCACUAGUUGGGUGGUGGACGGUUCAGGCUUUUUGUCUCCUACUGGCCCAGCCCUGAAGGAAGUGCUUGAUAUGGUAGAUGGGGACCUGGAUGGGUGGUGCAACUUAGCUGCUUUUGAUCUGCCAGAAGAAAACCCCAGCCCUGAACGUCACCAAUUUCGUCUUGAAGGCAGUGCUUUACAGGAACUCAGCAAAAGCAGUAAGGGAGAGCUCAUCCCAAUCUCUCCUGGUGGUGUCACCCCGCCCGCUAUACUUAACCGCAAAAGCCAUAGACGCAUCGCUUUGUCUCCUGAUGCCAACAACUCCAGGACUCCAAAAAGCACACCCGUGAAAAUCCUACCCUUUUCCCCAUCACAGUUCCUCAACAUGUGGACCAAGCAAGAUACCCAUGACUUGGAGAAUCCGUCUCUCACAUCAACACCUGUAUGCAGCCAGAAAGCCUCUGUGACAACACCUCUGCAGCGUGACAAGACACCUUUAAUUCAGAAGGAAAACUCUGUGUUUGUUACACCAAAUUACAAAUCCGAGCUCUGUACAACCCCACGUACUCCUACUCCUUUCAAAAAUGCUAUGGAAAAAUACGGCCCACUCCAGCCACUGCCUCAGACCCCAAAUCUUGAAGAUGAUAUAAAUGAAGUGAUCCUCAGAGAUGCUGGAAUUGAUUUAUCUGUUGCCUGUUCAACACCACCUGAACAAAGACGCAAAACUACGCACCGCCAACCAAUGAAGGUGCGCAAGUCAUUGGCUCUAGAUGUUAUGGACUGUCACAUGCCAUCAUCUAAGCGCAAAUCUAUGAAAACUGAGGCCAAACGUUACAUUAAGGAAGAACCUAUGUUAAUUUCUCUAAGCUCUACAUCACUUUGUAAUAGAAGCCAUGAAAAUAUCUUGGAUCAGGGUUUCCUUUUGGGGCCAAGUGACAGUGCUUUUUUCCCCAAUGCUCUACACAUGCCUAGAAUGACAAAAGAGUGGGAAACUGUUGUAUGUGGACAAACUAAAGACCAGUUAAUAAUGAAUGAGAAGGCAAGGCGCUUUCUUCGUUCACUGAAGUCACAUGGUCAUAACAGAGCACUCAUUUUGUCUUGAAAGUACUUUAUAUUUAUUGUUUGAAUUGUACACUGCUGGGAAGAAAAUUUUGUCACACAUUGAUUUUAUGAUAUGAGGCUAGACUGGUCUCUUUGUAUCAGUAAUUUUCAAAACAGAUUGCAGGUGGGUUCAUUAGAGAUAACCCAAGCAGCAAGUCACAAAUAACCAGUAGAAAAGGUACAUGUAUCACACACUCUUGCUCUUAAAAAAAAUCAAGGAAAGUACUGAUUGGUUGUAUAAUGUCUUUGUAAAUUAACAGUGUUUUAAAUGGGGAUAACCCAGGUUGUACCUCAUGGUCAGAUUUCUAAUUUUGGAACUAAAUGUUUCAAAGGUGAUUGAUAAUGUAUGUAAUAGGCUGUGAAAUGUUGCUAAAACAUUGCUGAAUUCAGUGUAAUCAAUCAGUAAAGAGAAAAUAUACAAAUGUUUGCAUCAGGAAUGGGUAGAUGGAAUAGAAGAUAAUACAUAUACUGGAGUAUUGUGUUUUAUUUGACACUAUGUAAAUAGCUGUUUUUGUCACGAUUUUCAGAAUGAAAUAAAAUGUAAAACAUUUAA